AUGAACCCCGGUCUGCCCUUCACCUCCUCCCCUGAUGGCCCCCCUUCCCAGAAUCCUUUGUCCCUGAUGAUGUCACAGAUGUCCAAGUACGCCGUUCCCAGCUCCACCCCCCUCUACCACGACGCCAUCAAAACCAUCGCCACCUCCGAUGAUGAAAUGCUCCCCGAUCGGCCGCUCCUGUCUGGAUUAGUUUUUCUCCUUAAACUCGUCCUGACUCGUGACGGCUCCCCCCCGGAGUGCGACCUGUUCCGGUUCGGGCGUCUGGCCCACGACUGGCUUCUGGCGCGGAGGCUGCUCCACCACGUGUGCUUCUUCUCCUGCCUGGCGGCCAUGUUGUUCUGCUACUCCGCGCUCGCCGUGCACCUUUCCGGCGGGCGCCACCGGCGCCGUGCGGGCGCCGUGCGGCUAGCGUUCCUGCUAACGGCGGCUUUCCUGGUGUGCUGGCUUCCCCACCACCUGGCGCUGCUGUUAAGGACCCUGCAGGAGCUGGGGAUCCUGCCCCAGUGGGGCUGCCCCCAGCUCAGCCGAUUGGCCCGGGCCCUGGGGGCCACCCACAUCCUGGGCCUGGCCCACUGCGGCCUCAACCCCGCCCUCUACGCCUUCCUGGGGGGGCGCUUCCGCCGGGAGCUGCUGGGGCUGCUGGGACGGAUUUGGGGGGUCCGGAGGGCUUCAACCUCAGCAACCAGGACCUCCCACAGCACCCUGCGCUAA